UUCAAAAAAAUGUCACGUUUUGUUUAUGUUAUGUGCUUAUUUAUAUUUAUUAGACCAGGUUUUUCGGAAAUGUUUUCUAAACAUUUCAAAAUCGUUCCUGGCAAAACUGUCAAUGGAAUGGCACCACAGUCAGGAGCAGUCACUACAGCACAGUGUAUAUCACAAUGCCUACAAGAGAAGACAUGUAUAGCAGUUGUUCAUCACAGUACCAGUCAAAACUGUUACUUACUGAGCUCAACUGGAUCUCUGGUACAAACAAACGAUCUAGGAUGCACAUAUAUAUAUGUUGGAGGUGGAUGCAUGGAUGGUUGGGUAGAAUAUGGAGGCUCUUGUUAUCUAUUUAGUUAUGACACAUAUUCAUGGACUGAUGCAAGAGUGUACUGUAAUAAUUUCGGGGCUGAACUCGUUGAGAUCGAGACGUCAUCAGAAAAUGUGUUCGUGCGAGAGACAUUGGAAUCCAUUGGACAUUCAAAGUACUGGAUUGGUCUGAAUGAUCUUGACACGGAGGGGGUGUGGGUAUGGACCAGCACUGGUAUACAAGCUUCUUAUCUUGGCUGGGAACCAACACAACCAAAUAAUGGUGUUAUUUCGAAUUGCGGAGCAAUUUGGAGGAUGUUCGAUUAUAAAUGGGUUGAUGAAUGGUGUACCUCUCUGUUUCAUCCAAUUUGUGAACAGGACGCCACAAGCACUAAUAGACAAGCAGAACUAGACCUUGAGCUGACAACAACCAUCUAUCCUUCCGUCUAGUGAUAUUUCUACGCUAUGAUUUUCUUAAAGAAUAUA